CUUCGGGUUGAUAAACAUGGCGAUCAAAAUGGAAGGGCCACUGAGCAAGUGGACUAACGUUAUGAAAGGGUGGCAAUAUCGUUGGUUUGUUUUGGAUGAUUCGUCAGGUCUUCUUUCAUAUUAUACUGUAAGUUAACUAUCACUAAAUUAAGCAUGGAUUGUGACACGUAAAGUAAAUUAAGCUGACAAAUUUUAACGUUAUCGACAUCGUAAUUGCGGUAGAUAGUUUAGUAAAAAAAAAACAAAAAAAUGGGGGUGGGGCAGGAGGCUUUUUAAUUUUUAGCUUUAUAAUAGACAAAGUUUCUACUGCCUUUAGCGGUACCAUUAUUUCUCGAUAUUAUUGAACAGGUCUAAAGGUAGAGUUAUCUCGACACUCAGUUGGUGACAUUCAGUUGGUUGAAGGCUCAUAUUAGUCAUAUUGGCAUUAUUACUAAAUUGAAAUUGAAGUUGAAGGGUUCCAUUCUCAGUCUUAGUCACUAACCUAAGUAACUUACUCAAUACUUUAUCUAAGUAAAAAAAUGUACAUGUUAUGAUAGUACUAUAAUAUAACAUUAACAUGUUAUAAUAAAUGUUAUUAUUUAAAUACCUGUAAAAGUAAAAUGUAAAUAUUUACAUAUUCUUAUUUUCCAGUCUAAAGAUAAAAUGGUUAAAGGCUCAAGACGAGGAUGUGUGCGUUUAAAGGUAACUUCAAAUUUUUCCACUUUUGAAAUAAAUUAGAUUUUUUUAAAAAUUAAAAAAAAUAUAUAUAUUUUUAAAAAAAAUCAUUUCCCCCCAUUUUUUGUUAUCACUGUUUAACUGUUUCUGAACAUGAAGGUUGCAGGUUUAAUUGAGUUUGAGUUAAUCCCACCUACAGCAAUUAACUGGUUUUAGUGAAUUUGUAGCUGUGAACUAUUGGGGUGUGUUAAAUAACUGUUCUUUGAAAAAAAAACUGCAGCCACCAAACAAAGAAGGAAGAAGUAAUAAAUUGUGCGUUAACUGAAACAAAUGGCUGUUUAUGCUCUCCAAACUCAUUGGGUUAAAUGCACACUAUACAACAAAAAUACCUAAAUAAUAAUAAUUCCAUAAAUAUUUUAUGCACCCACUUCCGGAGUUGUAUGUCUUAUGUAAGUGUUCAUUAAUCUGAUUGCAGUGUUAUCUGUCUUCCCCAGGGUGCUAUUAUUGGUAUUGAUGAUGAGGAUGAUAGUACCUUCACCAUCACUGUUGACCACAAAACAUUUCAUUUUCAAGGUUACUGUUUUGAAAACUUUUGUUUGACUUUUAAUUAGGGGUGUGCCGGAGUCCGGUCCGGAAUCCGGUUCCGCCGGAUUUUGCACUAUCCGGUGAAAUCCGGUUCCACCGGAUUUACAUGUAUCCGGAACAACCGGAUUCCGGAAUCCGGAAUAUACUGGAUUUCGGAAUUUGCCAGAUUUUGUGACUCACCGGAUCAUAAUCUGAAAUAAAAGUAAUUCUCUUUCCCGAAUUCCACACGAUCACGAUACAUUAAUCGAUUGUUUCGAGCGUUGAGCUUGUUUAAUGUUUAAUAUUCCGUACAUACCAGAGGCUAGAGUCAGCACCGCUAAUAGUGGCCAAUAGUGUAGGGACUUUGAUAAGAAAAUUUAAACUUUUUGUAAAAAUAAACCAAUGGCAUAGUUGAAAAGAUGUAAUUUUUUAAAGAAUUAUAACACCAAAAUCAUAUUUUUAGCUGUUGUAGUUUUAAAGUUAUGAAUUUUUAAAGUACGACUUGGUUUGUCAUUUUUUAACAUGGACUGCAUCUCCACAUUCUGUGAUCUCAUUCCACCAAUCCCGUCAUGCGCAAUGACUAUAUAGUUUAUAUAAGGCAACGCAUUCCCUGCCUUAUCACUAAAAUACUGUUUAGACUUAGUUUAAACUUUCAACUUUGGCACAUGAAUAAUUAAUUAAAGCUUUCCCUGACCAAUGGUUUAAUAGUUUUUGCACACGGCAAACUCUUAUGAAUGAAACUCUGAGGUAGUACUACGAUACAGUUAUGCAAGUGGCUGUGAAUGGUUGCCAAUGACAACGUGUUGCACACGGUAAAUUCUGAUCAUUUAUAAUAUGGAUUCUACCGGGUUGUUAAAGCUCAAAUUAAAACAUUCCAGUUUAAAUGUCUUUAAAUGCAUUCUGAAACACAAGUUAUCAAUUAUUUUGAUGUAAAUAGUGAUAAUAAAUUAAUAUUUCCUAAGUAUCGUCAACUUCCGCCAUUAAAAAGGGGGGCGUGGCCAACCCCAUGGCGAAAUUAGGUUGAGCGAGCUGCAUAACCUGCUGCGAACGCGUAGAAACAUGGCGUCUCUCGUAAGACACUUAUCCAAAUGGAACGGAACUCAAAUAUAUAUCGAAAGUACUAAUUUAAUAAUAAAUAGACACACACAUCGGAAAAUUAAAAACUCGGAUUUUUUGGCGCCGAUUGCGAAUUCCCAUACACAAAAAGUAGUAGUCCACCUUGACUUACCGAAGUAUCUACCAAUAGUACCAAAAUCCGGAAUCCGGGAGAAACCGGAAUCCGGAUUAUUCCGGAAUCCGGAUCCGGAUCCGGCGGAUUUCGCAUAAGAAAAUCCGGAUCCGGUUGGAAAAAACGGAUCCGGCACACCCCUACUUUUAAUCCAGUUUUCUUUUUAUCAAAAUAUGCCAUUCCUGUGAAUAAAGUUAUGUACUUUGUUGCCAAGCAUUUGAUUUGUUGCUUAAAUUUACUCCUAAACCAUAUGAUGUUACAAGAAAAGAAUCCUAAAUGCUUUCUAAUAGUGACUUAUCUGCUUAUUAAGACUUUUAGUGUGGAAAUUUUAUCAAUAUUAUUCUAUUAAAUUCCACAGCGAGAGAUGAAGAGGAACGUGAACGCUGGAUUGAAGCCUUAGAGAGUGCUAUAUGUCAUAUAAGUGGUGAGGUAAGUGCUGAUAUGAUUUCCUUUUCCAGUUUUCUGUUCACAAAUAUAAUAAAUAAAAGAGGUGAGCACCUAAUUGCAGAGUUCCCCAAUACCGAGGGUGGUUUGAAAAGUCAAACCUGGAAGCCUGCAUUGAUUGUUUAAUUUAUGGCGACGCUCACUUGAUGAGGCUUGCCUAUGAUGUACUAGCCAAGGUUAUAAAGAGUCUGGGUUCAACAUUACAAGAGAAUUAUUCAUAAUUAAUAGUCAGUCAGUCAUGAGGUAUAAAUUCUGCUAUUUCUUCUUCAGCAAAAUUGUCCUCCUUUUAGAGUUUAAGUUUUAUUUAAAAAAUGUUUUAAUAAAAAAAAUAGUUUACUGAAAAGUAAUACCUAGAAGCUCUCCCCCUCUUUUGUGUUUGAAAAAAUUAAAUGGAGUAGACCUUUCAUCAAACAUAUGGGUUUAAGUAUGAAAGGUUGAAACAUUUGAUAGUUAAAAAAUAUUGCCUCUUGUACCACAAUAUUUAGACAAAAAGAAAAAGAUUUAAAGAAAACUAGAAUUUUAUCAAUCUAUUUUCUUUAUUUUUAGAAAACAGAUAGCAGUGAACGCGCAAGCACUUUGGAGGAUUUUGAGAAAAAACUGAUGGAAACGGAUGCAUACUUGCAGCUACUUAUUGAACAAAAUGAGGUAAAUGUUUUCAAAUAGAAUUAAAUGUAUCUUAUUUCCAAUUGUUGAGGCUGUAGUUACCACAUAAUUGUUAUGGUUUUAAAGAACUAUAAUUUCUUAUAUAAUAAAAAAAAAACUGUAGUGAAUUGCUCAACAUUUUUCUUAUACUUGGUCUCCUUAAAAUAUCUUAUAUAUAUUCUUAUAUUACUGCAAAUACUAACACAAGAACAUGAGAUCAAGUGUAAAAUAGUAUUAUCAAAUGAUAAUUUAUUGCUGACACCCUAAAAAUGUGUUCAAUGAUACUUAUCCUUUAAAGAAUUUAAUAUAAGAAAAACAAUACUUGAUAAUAGUUUUAAAUACUUUGCAGUUUUUGAAGCUAGUACAUUGUGGAACCUGUGAUUAUUUUCAGAUUUGUUCUAUGAUAAAAAAAAACAAAGAUAUGUAUGAUAAAUUAUACAGAACUAUUUACUCUAUAAAUAGUCUUCACAAAGCUAACUAAAAGGUCAUUUAAAAUAAUUUAAAAUAAUUAUUAAUAGAAGCCUCUUCUCAUUUUCAUGUUAUUUUCUUAAUUUAAGGCUCUAGAAAAGAAAAUUGAAGAGUGCCCAACUGAAUCUGACAAGGAAAGGUACAAUGUGAUUAAAGUGACAGCUGAUGUAAGACUCUUUGUUUUAUAACUUUCAUAAUAUUAGGUUUAUAAAUUAAAAUAUUUAAGCCUUUACAAAUGAUUUUUAUAGAUUGACAUGCUUGGAUAAUGAGAAGGAUAGCAGAAAGUUGAGGAAAUAGAAUACAAUGGACCCUUUUUAGAAUACAAAGGACCCUUUUUUAAGUAAUAACAAGACCUGUAUUUUGUAGGUGACAUCACCCUAUUAUCUUAAAGCCAUAAUCUGCAAAACCUUGAAUCAAUUUCCAGACAAAAAUUGUACUUGCAAUAAAUGAAAACAAAAAACUGAAGUUAUGAGAAUAAAUGAAAAUAGCACAGGAGUUGUAGCAAUAAGAGGGAAAGCACUGGGAGGAGUAGAUAAUUGUAUCUAUCAAGGAAGUAUAGUUGGUUUGGAUUGGGGAUGAGAGGCAAAUAUCAAGGCAAGAAUAUAGAUGUCAAGAGGAGCUUUUACUUUACUUAAAAAUAUUUGGAACUCUAGGAAAAUAAAGAGAAAGACAAACAUAAGAAUUUUUAACGCAAAUGGUUAAGUCUGUUCUGGUGUAUAUCUCAGAAAGCUGGAGAUCAACCAAGAAAGAUUGGUAAAAACUGCAAGCCUUCAUGAAUCCCACUAGAGCAAGAAAUCUGGAAAAUGAGGUGGAGAUGGAUUGGUCAUGCUAUGAGAAAACCAAUGGCAAAUUUAGCGAGACAAGCACUGGUAUAGAACCCAUGGCAAAUAUAGCAAGACAAGCACUGGUCUGGAACCAAUUGCAAAUAUAGCAAGACAAGCACUGGUCUGGAACCCAUGGCAAAUAGCAAAUAUAGCAAGACAAGCACUGGUAUAGAACCCAUGGCAAAUAUAGCAAGACAAGCACUGGUCUGGAAUCCAUGGCAAAUAUAGAAAAACAAGCACUGGUCUGGAAUCCAUGGCAAAUAAAGCAAGACAAGCACUGGUCUGGAAUCCAUGGCAAAUAUAGCAAGACAAGCUAUGGUAUGGAAUCCUCAGGGAUCAAGCAGAAGAGGAAGACCCAUAAACACUUGGAGUUAAGAUGUUGAGAAAAAUGUAAUAAAGACUGGAAAGAGAGAAGAAUUUUGAAACAUUAAGGCUUGGAAAAAAAAUAAUUAAUGGCCUACUCUGCACUGGGAGUUUGAAAGGCAAAGUAGUAGAAGAAUAAACAUUCCCUAUAUCUACUGUUUGCAUUUUCAGUUUUACUGAUUAAAAAAAACUAUAGUAAUUAUUAAUGCAUUUUUAAGCCUUUCUUUCUUACUUUCUCAGGCAAUGAUUGAGGCCAUCAAACAUUCCAUUAUUCAACUUCAAAUAUCCAAAGUAAGUUCCUUAAACUAAUACAUUCAAUUUUUUUGUUGCUAUGGUACAGGAGUAAGGGGGAGACAAAAUCAUUAUAUAUGAUAAAUUAUGUUAGAGUGAAAGUUGUGCAAUGAUUCUUACUGAGCCAAAUAAAUACUAUAAUUUAUUAGUUGCUGAAUUAUUCAACUUCUUUUUUUUUGUUCCAUAAUGUUUUUUAUGAAAAUUAAGAAAAUGGACUUAAAAUUCUCCCCCAGUACAAAAAAAAUAUUUUUUAGAGAUUGUUUUCAAAGUUAAUGUUUCUCUUGUGUAAUAUUGAGAGGACUGGGUUCAGUUUGAAACAUUAUGAAAUUUAACAAACAGAGUAGGGGAAACCAGAACAAGCACACAGACAACAAACUGUCGACUAAAAAGUCAUCAGUAAAGAAAGAUUGACUGCCGUAGAAUGCGACCACCCUUUUAAAUAGGACACUUUUAAAAAACUUUUUCUUUAAAAAUUCUACCUUUUAAAUGUUUAUAAUACUAAAUCCACGAAUCUUAAACUGGCGUGGUUUUUAUUAAAAGAAACUAAUACAAACAUUUUUUUCCAAAAGGAAUGCUUGAAAGAACCAAUCUUAAAUGGGGCAGUUGGUGAUUCCCCUCUUAUCACAGAUGGGGCAAAUUUCAGUCAUUAUGGGGCAUCCCCUCGUCAAGGUCAGUUUCUAAUCUGGCUGUCGUACCUAUACUCGAAUAUCUAUCUCAUGAUUUAUGGUUUCAACUUUCGGUAAUAACCACAUUUUUAGAUCAAUAACUUUUUUUAUUUGAAGCCUUGAUAAUAAAACUCUGUUGUUUGGUUGAUCACUGAAAAAUGUUUAGCUAGAUAAGUUUUGCAUUUGGCUUUCAACCUUUACAUAUCGUUGUCCAAAUUCAAUCUUACUAAUAAUUGGUUUACAUCUUUAUCAUUUGGGUGGAUGUUGACUUAAGAGACUAAAUGUACUCUAUGGGUUAGUUAAUUUGAAACAAAUUAAUUAAUUUUGUGACCAUUUGAUAUUUCUCAACAUAGGAACUUUUCCUAACUGUAUAUCUAAUCUUUUGUCACUUGAACUACAUGUUUCAAAUCCAUCAAUAUGUAUGAAUGUUACAAAAUAUUUAAAGUAAUGUUUUAGGUCUAUAUGCAUUAAUAUAAGAUAGCAUUAGAUUGAAUGAAAAUUAAAUUUCAACACACAUUUCAAUGAAAUAGGAAGUGUUCCACUACAUUUUGGAUAAUUUUCCCUUUAUUGCUCACCAUUCUUCCUUGCUGCAGUGAUGCCUUCCCUGUCCACGGAGAAUGUGUGCAGAGCCAGCAGGUUACCCCACCCCCACCUGACAUCUCAGACCAGCAUUUCCCUUCCUAAUCUUGCCUGUCCUGGUACUAUCAAUAAUGCAUUCUCUGUAGUAGGCUUCAAUGCAUUUUUUAUAUCGGGGUACAGUGCUAUGCUACCAAAUAUCUUUAUAUAACGAGUGCUGUUUUGGACUGCUUAGCAUUCUGUGCUACUUCUUUUACUUUGGGGGUUCUGUCUUUGCCAGACACCUUGGCAGAUUUCAUUUUUAAAAUAAGACAAUGAUUGUCCUUUCUAAUGUGGGAGUCAAGACCUUACUAUAUAAGCUAUUCUCAUGGAGUAAUAAAUGUAAUCAUGCAGAUAUACUUUCUUAAACAUUUUACCCUGUAUUGAGAACUAAAACUAACAAUGUAGAACUAAUGAUAACAUACUUGAAAAUAACGAUCUGUUUUCAGUUAAGCUAUAUCUAGCAAAUAGGAUAUAACUUUUGGGUGACUAUUGGGGAGACUGCCACAUGGGAAGUCUUGAGAAAAGCUAACAGAACAAGUAAAAUAGUAAAGUUGACAUAAAAAGAUAAUUAGUUUACAGAAAGUAAACAAUAUUUUUAAAUUUUAUUCUAAAACUUUCCCAUACUAUGGGCUUCAUAUUUCCCUAUAAUUGUCUUUUCACCAGUGGUUCUCAGUUUAUUUUAAUCCAUAAACAAACUGGCCUGGACAACCACAAACUGUAAUUACCUACACAUUUUAUAAUUUUGAAAUAAUCUUAAUUUGAAACAUCUACUUUGAUAUUUAUAAAUUCCAAACAGUUAAAAAUUCUUGGCAGUCGGCUUUAUGUGUUUUCAGAGGCACUGGUCAGUGCAUGCUUCCACUGCAGUGUGUAUGUGAAAAUAAUGAACAAAAUAUUAAAUAUACAUUGUUGCUUGGAAUUAAUUUUUUGUUUUUAUUAAAAUAAUUAUGUAAUAUGAAUCUGGGGCAAUGGAAUAAAACAUAAUAUAAUAGCUAAGCUUUAAUAAUACUUGUUGCUUGAAUGCCACAUUCUCUUGGCACUUGUCAUGAAAGAGCUUUUAUAAAGAUCAUUGUGUCAACUUCAAUAACAACACUGCUAAUCAACAUACAAAUGUAAACUUUAGUUUCCUUGUUGAUUAGAAGUUUCUUUGCUGCAAUUUUUUUCUAAGUAGGAAACAUUUGUAUGAGCAUUACUCAUGUUUCUUUCAUGUUUUUUAUGAAGUAUAGAUCAAAUUGGUAUGAAGUCUUCCAAUUAUUUCCCUAGUGGCCACUAUACCACUGUUGCAAAUUUUUGAAUUACUCCAAUUGAUAUAGGUGUAUUCCAUGUAAAAGUGUAAACAACAUCAAAAAAUAAAAUUGCAUAAAAUUUGGUUGGUGCUAUAUACAUUUAUUUCAUACAUCUUGGUAUUCAUUUUGAUUAUCUUUGUUUUGUGUGACACAUGACCUGGUGGCCAUUUUGAAAUAACUACAUGUUGUCGACACAUUUUAAAAGAAAUUUUGUUGAAUUUCAUUUUGUUUAUAUCAAAUGAAUAUUGGCUGACAAUUUUAAUUGUUAUGGUCAACGUCACAUGACGGACAAACAUCGAAACACUGUUCUUUAUGUUUAUUUAAGUAAAUAAUAACUGCUACAGUGAAGUAUUUGUAAUUCCUGUAAAAGAAUUGACAUUGUUCUACAUUUUAUUGAUUCAGGCGCGUCUCGUUUGUUUCAUUCUUUUGUCUGUAUUUGUUUUUUUAAAUGUGCUUUAUAAGUAGUUAUUAAAGUUUCUCAUUAGAAAAGUAAACAUUGUAGAUAAUGAGUUUGAAAAAAUAUAUUUAAAUUAAAGCAGAUUUCAGAGGAAAUCAACAAAAUAUAUGCUAACUCAAAUAGCUGGUCUUUUUCAUGUUAUGUCAGUUAAAAUUCCAAAAUGUAUUAUUUUUUACUAUUACACUUAAUAUAUUUUUAUAAAUGCAAUUUUUUAAAAUUUCUACCAACUUAUGACCCUCAGCCACGCAUACUUGAAUUAAGCACACUUCAUGGCAUUUAAACUAGUUGCCAAAUGAAAUUAUUUUUCUGAAAGUUUCGACAGUUACAAUGUAAUUCACAUAUAACCUUGUGUUUGCUAUGUUAGAUUCAUUGUGCCCUCCCCAUCUCAUCAGCUCUGCUUCCUGCAUGCAUGUGGGUGCAUGUCAAAGCUUCCAUGUUUGUUUUCUCUGAUGUUUAAAGAAGACUUACUUCCCAGCCUCACUAAACAUUUUAAAAAAACUUGAGCUGUUUAAUUGUUGUUUCAGAAGAUCACAACAAUCAGUGUGAUUUACAGUUGUAUUAUAACAUGCCAUUUGACCACAGUAACCAAAGUAUUAAAAUAAUUAUCAUCGUUUCUAAAUUUUGUUGGAACAAUAAAAAAAAAACAUUAGCAUUAACAAUUACCGCUGUUGAUUUAAACAAAUUAUUUACACUUUUAAGAAUUCGGAAAGGCUUUUUUUCUUCUUCUUUUUUUUAAAUUGUGCUUUUCAUCAGUAGUUCUUGAAGUUAAAUAAUGACCUAAAUAGAAUGUAUUUUAUCUUAUUGAUUCAAAUUAAUACUUGUUGAUUUUUUUUGGUAUGUUUUCUUACAACACUAUAAACAAUCUCUGAUUUACCAGUAAAAAAAAAAAAAUACUCUAAAUAUUAAAUUGGUUAAAUUGUUACUAUAAAAAUUCAUUAAGAUAUGGGGGCUACUUGAGUUAAAUUUAAAGAAAUAAUGAAAGUAAUAAUUUAAAAGAUGUUUAAUCUUCUUUUUAAAUUGUUAACUUAAAAUUUUUUAUUAAACAUAGAAAACUAUGACAACAAGAAACAUUUUAAAAAUUGCUUGAAAGUAUUAAAGAUUUUCUUGAUUCAUUAAAGCGAAUCCUGACAAAAUUCAUAAAAAGAACAAAUAUAUUUUAAAAGUUGAAAACGUGUUAUUUUGAUUCGCCUUGAUCUGUGAAUUUUUUUGUGACCAGAUGACAGCUUGACGGCAGCAGCAGGAGAUAACGUCCCUACCAUAUCCUAUUCCUCUAGUGAAGAUGAGGAGUUCUAUGAUGCUGAGGAGCAGAAGUCACCAAAGUAAGGUCUAGAGCAUUCUUUACAGGCAAACUUUGCUUAAUCUUGAGGUUGUUAAGGGAUACCAGCAAAUUGGGGAAAAAAAUCCAGGAGUAAACCAUAGCCUGUAUUUAAACUUAUAAAUGACUUUUAAAUUAAAGGCAAAAUAUCUCGGUAAGAGACUGCAGAACUCAGAAAUGAAAAAAACUCAAUGUAUGUGAACUCACAAGUAUAUGAGACAAGGGCAGGUGCACUGCGGAAGCUGAUAUUGAAAAGUGAUGGUUAACCAAAGUCAUGAGGUGCAGGUUAAGCCUUUACAAGUAUCAUGUUUACAUUUAAAACUCUUCAACUAUACUACAUAAGGAAAUAAGCUUUACAUUGAACUGAACUGGAAGUUCUUAAUCUCGAUAGUCUUGGGGCUCUAUUGGUAUGUUAUUAUUUGGGUCUCUUUCAAAAAUUGAUUUUGAGUAAAGCCCAUUUGAAGAAACAUAAUUAGAAGACUUUCAAAAUUAGCUUUCCUGAAACUCCCAGUCCAAUCCCUGGUCUCAGAAACCCUCAACUGAUCUCUAUCAGUCAAGCUACACAAAGGAUGUUUUGAGCUGUCUUAAAAAAAAAAUGUCAAUAUUAGUUUAGUCUUAUACAACAUGUUGAUAACCAAAAUAUUUCUCUUCCAUGGAAUACCUCAGGAGAAGUGAAGUCGCCAAGCACAAUCCACCAGCAGGAGACAGUUCCAAUGCUGAGAGUGAUGAAAGAGAAGAACCCCAGUCAGAGACCCCCAUCAUAUCUGCUGCUGAGGAUUAUUUUGAUGGUAAACUUGAAUACAGAUUCCUUCAUUUAGUUACAAAUUUAACAGACAGGCUAUACCAUUAAAAUGGACCUUCUCCUUUAUACCACUUUAUAAAAUACUAAAUGUUUAAAUUUGUUGUUCCCCAGAGUUGUAUGAUACAAGAGAUAAUGAAGAUUGUAAGUGUACAAAUUUUUAUUAUUUUUUUGCUGCCAAGAAAUAUUUCUAUAAUUGGCAGAUUCAUUAUUGUUGAUUAGUAUUGUUUGUAAAAUUAUUUCAUCUUAUUUUGUCUUUAUGUGUAUUAGUAACGGUAUUGUUCAAUUUAUAUUCAGAAAUAGUUCCAAGGGAUUUUAUUCAGACUUAGUAUUACCUUUUUACCUCAGUGGGUUCCAUGGAGCAGCAUGGCAGCAUCAUAGGGCAUUUGCUGUCUCAGGUGCGGAUAGGAAUGGACCUCACCAAAGUUGUUCUGCCCACGUUUAUUUUAGAGAGACGUUCUCUGCUAGAAAUGUUUGCAGAUUUCUUUGCUCAUCCUGACGCAUUCAGCAAGUAAGUCGUAACAGAUUAUAAAGUUAGUUACAGUUAAGUGGGAACUUUAUAGAGUCAAUCAUAGUUAAAUGUAAGGAUACAGAAUUAGGUAUAGUUGAAUAUUAGGUUAUAGAGUUAGUAAUAGUUGAAUGUAAGGUUACAUAGUUAUAGUUCAGUGGUUCUUAACCUUUUUGGAGGUACUGGAACCCCACCAGUUUCAUAUGUGAAUUCACCGAACCCUUCUUAAUAGGAAAAAUAAAAUAUGAUAUUUUUUGUGGGGAUUUUUUUUUGGACCUCCGCUGAACCCCUGAGACUGACUCACCGAACCCCUGGGGUUCGAUCGAACCCAGGUUAAGAACCACUGUUAUAGUUGCAUGUAAGGUUAUAUAGUUAUUGUUGAAUGUAAGGUUAUAUAGUUAUAGUUGAAUGUAAGGUUACAUAGUUAUAGUUGAAUCUAAGGCUACAUAGUUAUUGUUGAAUGUAAGGUUAUAUAGUUAUAGUUGAAUGUAAGGUUAUAUAGUUAUAGUUGAAUGUAAGGUUACAUAGUUAUAGUUGAAUGUAAGGUUACAUAGUUAUAGUUGAAUGUAAGGUUACAUAGUUAUAGUUGAAUGUAAGGUUAAAGAGUCAAUCAUCAUAUUUGAAUAAUUAUUGGAAAUUUAUUUGAAAGAAAUUUCGUCAACGGAAAAUUGAUUGAUCGGCGAAAAUAAAAUCGAACGUAAAUUUGGUUGAAUCUUUUUUUCAGUUGACGCGUUAAAAUUUUGCAUCAAAUUUCUUUUUGAAUGAAAUAUUUUGUUAUACUAUAUAAUAUAGUAUAGUGUGUUUAAAAAUAAAUUUGAAACAAAAUUUUAAAGUGUGAACUCAAAAAAAGAUUCGACCAAAUUUCCAUUCAGUCUAAUUUCCAUGGAUCAAUUUUCCGUCGACGAAAUUUCUUUCAAACAAAUUUCCGGAUAUGUAGUUGAAUGUAAGGUUAUAGAGUUGGUCAUCAAAGUUGAAUGUAAGGUUAUAGAGUUAGUUAUAGUUGAAUUUUAUCUUAUAGAGGAAAUAAUAUUAUUAAAUUUUAGUUUAUAGAGUCAGUCAUAGUUAGGUGUCGCAAAACUGGUCCCUUUUGCCUAAACCAGUAUUUUCGAUAUUGAAGUUUACAAAUACCGUAAUCCCGGUAUUUUCGAUAUUAAGAGAAUUUUUAGUUAUGAUUCGAGAUUAGAGGUGAGGAUUUAUCAAUGAAAUAAAAACAUUUAGAAAAAAUAUCACAUUUUGAUUUUUAAUAAGCUUUUAAACACACGUUUAUCAUCAAGAUUUUGAUUAAAAGUACAAAAACUUUUAAUUUAAAUAGUUUUAAAAAUUAAAUAUUAAAAUAAUUGGUGUUGUUUUAACCUUUGGUCAAAUUUAAAUAAUGAAAUCGUAAAAAUGAUAAAGUAUAAUGUUUGGUCACUUAACUUUGACCGCAAAUGGUUACAAAAGUUACCUGAUGAAGAGAACACCCGCUCUGACUUUACACUGGUCGGAGGAAUAGACCUUAGGCUAUCAUAAGCAAUUUCUAGAUAUUUUCCUCUUGAACCGCCAUUCUCAAAUAAAGCCAUUUCUAUUUUUACCAAUGUAUCAAUGUCUCCAGCCGUUAGUCUGGAAGUAUUUUCCUGAGCCUAAAGUUUCUUUUGUAUUUCAAUUUCUUAUUGUCUCUUAAGCGGCAGUGUGUCUUCAUGUUCGUCAUGCUCUGAUCCAAGAUGUUAGAUUUCAUUGUUCGUAGAUAUUUUCAACAAGGAAUCCGCUGUCUGACCAAGCUUUUGAAAAUCCACGAUAUAUUUUCACAUCCGGUCGCAAUCUGGCCUAGAAAUGUGCACUGGAAUGUGCAGACUUUAAAUGAGAGUGAAGGCCUGAAGUUGUACCUCCUAAUUUUUUUAAAAGUAUCUUGUUACAUCUAAUACAUUUAGCUGAGAGAUUGUCUGUAGCUUUCAAGAAAUGAUGCCAAACUGAUGUCUUUGUUUCCGAUAGUAUCAUAUGCUUUUCAAAUUUAGGUUUAUUUUUUCAGGGUCCCCCAUUUCUUUCUAUCAACCUGGGAAAAAUAAAUCAUUAACAAAAAAUUAUUAAUUCAAUCGAAUUGAUGUGAGGUCUAAAAUUUUCUUUUUAAUGAUUAAAUUGUCAUGUAAAUGUUUGGCUAAAUACGGUACAGAACAAUUGGGACAUUCAGUCAUGUAAAUUUUGGUUAGGUACGGUACAGAACUGUUGGGACAUUCAGUCAUGUAAAUUUUGGCUAGGUAUUGUACAGACAAACUGGGAAAUUCAGCCUGAGGCAAAAUAGCUAGAAAAUCAAUUAUGAGUUGAAUAUAAAUUGUUAAUAUUGUUAUCACAAAAUAGAAGUAACAUAAUUUUUCUGUCUUAAAUUUAAGGUAUUUGAUUAUCAAAAUACGGAUUUACUCAUAUUUUUAAAUAUGUAGGUUUUUUUGGCAUAAUUAAAAGAAAGCAAGCAAUCAAAAAAAAAAAAUAAAUUUAAAGUUGACCCCGUGAUUUGAGUGCAACAUGUUAUUAUUUCAAAACAAACUCUUAAUGGAAGUCAAAACUCGAUCUUCAUUUAACUAUACCAAUCAUUUAUUUAUCAAUAAUAUGAGAACAUUUACUUACCAAUCCUGUACCUUCACGUCGUGACUCGUCUCUACUUACACACUACACACGCACAAGAUGAAAAAACAAAACUAAUCACAACAUCAUGAUUCUUGACAAAUAAGAGUAUACAGAUCUAGCCCGUCGGUUGGCAUUCUUUGAACUUGAGACACGUGGUGUGAUGGAUUUGCACAUCUCAUAAAUUAUUCAUAUUAAAUGCUUUAACUAAGACGUUGAAACUAAGAAAAACGAUUAAAAAAAAAAAAUUGAAAAUGAAAUCCCUGGAUUAUCGAAAAUCCCGGUUUUCAUAAAUUCAAUCCCGGUUUUUUCGAAUAUCAAUUAUAGUCCGGUAUUCUGGUAUUUUCGAAUUUCAGGAUCCCGGAUUGCGACCCCUAAUCAUAGUUGAAUGUUAGGUUUUAGAAUUAUAAAUGAUUAAAAGUUAAUUAUGGAGUUAGUACAGUAAAACCUGGAAAUAGCGAUUUUGAAAUUGCCAUGUUCCUGGCUUAUACACUAACUCAACCUUGUGUUGAUUGAUUUAUUGUGCAUGAUCAUCACUUUGGUGGAACCUGCAAAUAGCACGAGCCCUGCAAAUAGCACCACUUUUGGUUCAGUACGAAGGGUUAGGGUUAGGGUUUUAUGCUCUUUCCAAGAUUCAGAGAAAUAGUUAAAUUUUAAGAGUAAAGUUAGUUAUAGUUAAUAAGGUUAUAGUUAUUAAUACAUUUUUUUAACAUUCAUCUAUUACUUGCGCUUUAAACUUAACAUUAAACUAUUAAUAACUCCAUAAACUUAAAAUUUUAACUAUCUCUAAUACCAAAACUUCAAAUCUACACACUCGUCAUUCAACUAUUACUAAAUCUAUAACUUCAACAUUUAAAUAUUGCUAAUGAUUUAAACUUGUUUUAGAGUUAUUAAAGGUCAUAUGAUAAGCCUACAGAUGCCAUUUACAAUAACAGUUAAAAUAAGUGAUUUUUGAUGCCCUUUUUUAAGUUCCCACUCUAAAACUUUGAAAGCCCAUUAAAUACACUUAUAAAAAAUGCCACUUGACUGUACUUCAGGAUAGCUGAUGCAACAAAUCCGAGGGACAGAAUGGUACAAGUUAUACGCUGGUAUUUGGGAGCAUUUCAUGCUGGUCGACCCAGUGAAGUAGCCAAAAAGCCCUACAACCCAAUCCUAGGAGAAACAUUCAAAUGCCAUUGGCAAUUACCUGAUGUCACCAGUGAUAAUGUAAGUCUUAUUAUAGAAUUUAACAAGUUUUUUACAUCAGUUUUAUUUGUUUUAGCGGAUUCAAAUAAUUCAAUGGAUUUGACAAGACAUAAUGACAUUAUUUACAUGAUUGAUUCAAAGUAAUUUAUAUCAAGAUUAUUUGUUAGGGCUUUAUAUCAAAACUGUGGUAAAUAUCUUGAAGUCACAUCUUAAAGAAUGGUCAUGAUUUCAAGUGUUUUUAGUUAGUUUAGAGUUUCUUCUCUGUUUUAUUUCAUACACUGUUUAUACUAUUUGCUUCUUUAAGGUCAUUAUAAAAAAAAAAUUAUCUUAUGCAUAAAAUCAAGUGUUGUCAAUACUAAUAGAGAGCAGGGACAUAUUUUUAAAAAGCCUCACCAUACUUAUAAAAAAGGGUGAAAUGAUUGAGUCAUUAUUAAAAUAUUGCUUUCAUUUCUUUAAACCAGGCCUGCACAACUCAAAAUGUAAGGCAGGCCGUAAUACUUUAUGGAAAAAGUUGUGCCGGCGGAAAGAUAAGCGGACAGGGGUGAAAGCUAUUAAGAAAAUAAUAAUAAUAAAGAAUAUUUUUUUCCCUUUGGGCCCCCAAGUGGGUGCUGGCAGGCCGCAUGCAGCCUGCGGGCUGUAUGAUGUGCAGGCCUGAUUUAAACUGAUGAAACUAACAGACAAAACUGAGUGUAUUUUUUGAUCAUGUUGAGAUUGAACGUAGUUAUGGAAGUCAAAAGUUAUUCACUUUCUCUGUUUGAGUGAGGAGGGUUGGCAAGACUAAGCUAGGAACUAAUGCACCAGAGGAAGUGUGGCAAGUCUAAGCUAGUAACCAAUGCUAGUGAGGAGGGGUGGCAAGACUAAGCUAGGAACUAAUGCUAGUGAGGAGGGGUGGCAAGACUAAGCUAGGAACUAAUGCUAGUGAGGAGGGGUGGCAAGACUAAGCUAGGAACUAAUGCUAGUGAGGAGGGGUGGCAAGACUAAGCUAGGAACCAAUGCUAGUGAGGAGGGGUGGCAAGACUAAGCUAGGAACCAAUGCUAGUGAGGAGGGGUGGCAAGACUAAGCUAGGAACCAAUGCUAGUGAGGAGGGGUGGCAAGACUAAGCUAGGAACCAAUGCUAGUGAGGAGGGGUGGCAAGACUAAGCUAGGAACCAAUGCUAGUGAGGAGGGGUGGCAAGACUAAGCUAGGAACCAAUGCUAGUGAGGAGGGGUGGCAAGACUAAGCUAGGAACCAAUGCUAGUGAGGAGGGGUGGCAAGACUAAGCUAGGAACCAAUGCUAGUGAGGAGGGGUGGCAAGACUAAGCUAGGAACCAAUGCUAGUGAGGAGGGGUGGCAAGACUAAGCUAGGAACCAAUGCUAGUGAGGAGGGGUGGCAAGACUAAGCUAGGAACCAAUGCUAGUGAGGAGGGGUGGCAAGACUAAGCUAGGAACCAAUGCUAGUGAGGAGGGGUGGCAAGACUAAGCUAGGAACCAAUGCUAGUGAGGAGGGGUGGCAAGACUAAGCUAGGAACCAAUGCUAGUGAGGAGGGGUGGCAAGACUAAGCUAGGAACCAAUGCUAGUGAGGAGGGGUGGCAAGACUAAGCUAGGAACCAAUGCUAGUGAGGAGGGGUGGCAAGACUAAGCUAGGAACCAAUGCUAGUGAGGAGGGGUGGCAAGACUAAGCUAGGAACCAAUGCUAGUGAGGAGGGGUGGCAAGACUAAGCUAGGAACCAAUGCUAGUGAGGAGGGGUGGCAAGACUAAGCUAGGAACCAAUGCUAGUGAGGAGGGGUGGCAAGACUAAGCUAGGAACCAAUGCUAGUGAGGAGGGGUGGCAAGACUAAGCUAGGAACUAAUGCUAGUGAGGAGGGGUGGCAAGACUAAGCUAGGAACCAAUGCUAGUGAGGAGGGGUGGCAAGACUAAGCUAGGAACCAAUGCUAGUUUAUACUUGCUAAACAUGUUUUGCCAGGUUUUUAACCAUGAACAUUUAGAAAAUUAUAAUUUCUUUAGUUAUACAUUCUCAUUUUGGGACAGUUGGCAUGGAAUGAAUGUUCCUACUGAUAGGUUAGUUCAAUUCAGUCUUAUUUAGCUGAUGAUUUUAUCAAAGCAAAAACCAGUAGCUCAGCAUUUUUUCCCAAACAAAUGUUAAUAAGUUCAUUUAUAAAUUUUAAACAAGACAUACACAUUACCAAAAAAAAAUUUAAAAUAAAAUAAAAAAUAAAAAAUAUGGCAAUAUGUUUCACAGCUCAUAGAUAUGUGUAAGGUAUUAAUUCAUCACAGAUUUUCUUGUACAUUCCUUCCUCAUGUACGAUUCUGUCAACAGGAAAAAGCAAAUGAUGGUCCUAUACCUUGGGCUUCCAAGGACAACUUGGUAUUUAUAGCUGAGCAGGUCUCACAUCACCCACCAAGUUAGUGUUCCAUGCAUCUGUUCAAAUAGAUUGACAAUGGUUUUAUUUUGUACUAGAAAUAGAUUCAUUUUAAUUUUCUUUACUAGCUGUACAUUUGAUAUUUACAUUAUAUUGUGGAAAAUAGCUCAAAUUUAUAUUAGAAUAAGAGCUAAUAACGGCUAUGUAUUUACAUCCAGUUUCAGCCUUUUAUAGUGAAAAUUACAAAAAGCGCAUCUCUCUUGAUGGUUACAUCUGGACCAAGUCCAAGUUUUUAGGAUUGUCUAUUGGAGUCCACAUGAUUGGAGAGUGUGUUCUGUCUGUUAUUGAUUAUGAUGAGGAAUAUACUUUAACAUUUCCCAGUGCUUAUGGCAGGUACACAUACACAUAUUAAAUUCUUACAAUAGUUAAUGUUGACAGAGUGAUAGAAUUGUAGGAACUUAAGGUUCACCACUUGAAAUGAGGUCACAUUGAUGAAUUAAAUAAGUUGGCCUUGGUGGAAAUAAUCCGAGCCCUCACGUGACUUUUGGUGUCCGCAUGUCACUUUUCAGUUUUGUUCCAACUGCAUUCAAAGUUGAUAGACUAGGGGCCCACUCAAAAGCUCUGGAAAUAACUUUAUUUCUUAAAAAAAGUAUUUCAUAUUGUCUGACUUUAAACAAACAAAUCCCCAUUGAUUAUAAAAUAACAUCAUUGUUUGCCUACAAUGUAAAAGAAGCAGAAAUAUAGUGUCCAGUUUCAAUUUCAAAUACACAUAUAUUUUUUUCAGAAUUUAAACUAACCUGUUUGUUUAUUUUGUAACCAAUUGCAUUACUGAUGCGCAUUUUGCACUUGCAGAUCUAUUUUGACUGUUCCGUGGGUGGAGCUAGGCGGUAAGAUUAAUAUCAACUGUGUCAAGACGGGCUACUCUGCUCUAGUCGAGUUUCACACCAAGGUAUUGGAGAUUUCACAUAUUUUUAUACUAUACCAAUUAUAUAUUUACGAUAAAAUUUGUUUUUCUCAGCUAUCUCUGAAAUCAUCUUCUAGUAAAUUGUUAUGAAUAAAACACCUAUCUUGAAUCAAUGUCUUCCGUGUUUCCAAAGUUAAAAAUAAACCAGUGCAAUGAUUUGAAUAAAUUUCUGUUGUUUUCUCUCAAGCCUUUCUAUGGCAGUAAAAAACACAAAGUAACAGCACAGAUCUUUGAACCCAAUGACAAGAAACCUUUUGUCAAUAUUGAGGGAGAAUGGAAUGGUGUCAUGUAUGCCAAAUGGGCCUCAGGGGUAAGACUUUGAUCUAUCUUUUGUGCUGGCAGGUAGGGGGUAAGACUUUGAUAUGUCUGUUGUGCUGCCAGGUAGGGGGUAAGACUUUGAUAUAUCUGUUGUGCCGUCAGGAAAGGGGUAAGACUUUGAUAUAUCUGUUGUGCCGGCACAAAACAAUUGUUGACAAGUUUUGACAUGAUUCAGUAAACUCUUGUUUGAAAUAACAAGACCCCCGGAGCCUGUGAAAAUACUUCUGUUGACAGAAACUGUAGCAUUCUGUUGACUUAGGUUAGUGGUGUAAGACAAUGGCAUCUCUUAGGAUGGUGACCGUAGACUAUUCUUUGUUACCAUAUUUCCGGUAUAUUAUAAAGACAUCAGUUUGUCAUUAUUGAUGUAAGAAAUGACAACAGGGCUACCAAAAAGUUUGUUUGUUUCAUUACUCCAACACUAAGACGUGUUUUAUUAUAGCACAGACAAAGUAAGCCUAACUUAGGUGAUGUGUUUAAAUUGGGUGUUUAUUUCUUAUAAACCUUAACCUUUGACCAACUCAUUAAGCAAGCCAUUUUUUAAAAUGAUUUAUCCUCUUAGAAAAAUGAAGUGUUUGUAGACACAAAGACUUUGCCCAUCAUUAAAAAGAUUGUGAGGCCACGUGACCAGCAAGGGGACUUGGAAUCAAGAAGGUAGGGGCAGAUAAAAGAGCAUGAGCAUUCAAAACAGUUUAAACCAGCAUUAGUUUAAUCACCAUUAUGUAUUGGUCAAGAACAGUGAGGAACUACACACCCUCUCAUUUGAAAAUACUGAUUUGAUGUCUCAAAAAUUAAUUCAUGUAGUCCAGUUGUUCUCAUAGUAGGCAUUGAAAUGUUCGGCCAAUGCCUUCUUCGGUACAACGAUAAAAACAAAUAAACAAAAAAGUUAAUAUAAUUGUAUGUGAAAGAUUUGAAUCCUACCGUUACUAUUAAACAAAUGAAAGAAACCGGAACAAAAAAAAAAAAAGGAAACAAGUCCCUCACGCAAAACAAAGAUGAGAAGAGCAGGAAAAAAAAUGGCGGAAGUAAAUGUUCGGCCAAUGCCUUCUUCGGUACAACGAUAAAAACAAAUAAACAAAAAAGUUAAUAUAAUUGUAUGUGAAGGAUUUGAAUCCUACCGUUACUAUUAAACAAAUGAAAGAAACCGGAACAAAAAAAAAAAAAGGAAACAAGUCCCUCACGCAAAACAAAGAUGAGAAGAGCAGGAAAAAAAAUGGCGGAAGUACAAUUUAAGAACCAACAAGAAAAGACAUUGCAAAGCUUUUCUUAGAGGAGAAAUGGAGUGUUAAGGAAAAGCUUUUCUUUGAGGAGAAAUUGAGUGUUAAGGAAAUUUUUUCUUUGAGGAGAACUAGUUGGUUAAGAAAACUAUCCCAUGUUCACCAGUCUGCUGAGGUAAAACAGUUUAAACCCACUGAUCUAUAACAAUGUAAGCUAAACUAAAGAUCGUCUAUAACAAAGAUAUUCAGAGAAUUUUAUUUACUAGUUGUGUUAUAUCUUUAUAGGAAAUUCAACAAGGUGCAUAAGAAAAACAUGAAUUUGUGAAAAAAUUGAAACCAUGUUUUAUGGUUGUACGAAAUUAUCAUUACCAGAUUGUGGCGGGAUGUGACCUUUUACCUAAAAGAGAAACGUGUUGAUGAGGCGACGGAGGAGAAACAUAAACUUGAGCAGAGACAGAGAGAUGAGGCAAAAGACAGGAAAGAUCAGGGCUUAAAAUGGGAGACUCAGGUUGGUUUCAACAGCUGCAAGAAGCACUCAAAGUUGGGCCAAACUUUAGACAAAAAAUACAACAUCAAUAAUAAUGCAUGUGUAUUUAUUAAAUCCUGGUUUUAUUGGGCAUUCAGGCCAUGAGCAUGGGGCUAAAUGUUGACGAAAAAAUAGACUUGUUUAUCAUUUUACUAUAUUCAUUAUUUUAGUAUUUUCUAUAGUUAUUACCAGCAUUCCUCUCUUUUAUAAUCCUUCUUUAUAUUCUUCUCCUCUGUUAUGAACCAUUUAAAAUAGUCUAACCAUUCUAUGAUCAUUAUAAGUCGGUUGUUUGUAUGCCUCGGUUUAGACAAAGGCUCUAAAUAAUGCAUAUAAAAGCUCUGUCUCUUUAGGAAUCUGAAAUGACGUGUUGAUACAGGCUUGCCGGUCUUUGAUGUUAUGUUUUAUUUCUAUUUUACAGCUUGAAAUAAUUAUGAUGAUGCAUCCCAACAUUAGAAGACUAAUAUGGCUGACAUUAACUUUCUUUCUAUUUUAGUAUUUCCAUGAAGUGGGGGAGCAUUGGGUCUACCAAAGUCCACUCGUGAAGAGGCUGAACAGCUCGACACCGCAAACACAGCGGAAACGUCCCUCAUAACUGUUGGCGCUGACUUUGACCGGACUCUAGUGCUGUGGAUCAACUUCAUCAAUAGAUUGUGUUAUUCUGAUUGUUUCCUCGAUACGAUUGUGUAUGGUUCCAUAAUAUAUACUAGAUUUUGUUAUAAUGGUAGUUUCCUCUUCGCGUUUGUCUAUGUUCCAUAAUAUAUACUAGAUUGUGUUAUAAUGGUAGUUUCCUCUUCACGUUUGUCUAGGUUCCAUAAUAUAUAGUAGAUUGUGUUAUAUUGGUAGUUUCCUCGUCAUGUUUGUCCAUCUUUCCAUCAUGUAAUUUUUAUGUUUUUAUUUGUUAAAUGAUUCAAGCCCGAACCUACUAUGGCUUUAGAUCAUUCUGUUGUUGCUCGUGGAACCUUCAUAUAAACUGUAAAUAAGAAGUAUUAAGUUAUGAAAGUUGUGCCAAGACUGAUGUAACUCUUGCAGCUUAGAACAUUCAUUAUUGAAUUUCUCGACCUGCCUCAAUGACCAGUAUACUAUUGCUGAGUUCUGUUAUCAUGUGAAGAAGAGUGAGAAGAGUUGACUGUUUUAAUGUGAGAGGUUGUAUAUAUACAUGUGUCUAAAAUAUGCAAUGACUUGAAAUCCUGGAGACAGGAAUUUCAUCUCAGGUUUUAUGGUUCAUUUAAACAAAGCAAAGUUUAUACAAUAAAUACAGCCACGUUUCUUCACUAACACAAGUUUGAAUAGUCUGCUACAGUGAUAUACAUCCAGGCACCUGAAUAGUUAAAAACUAGAGAGGAAUCUCAUAUUCUAUUCUUAGUUUUUAAAAAUCAUAAGCUACAGAUGCUUGAUUUCACUUACAGUACAGAAAAUUAGCUCUCAGCGUUUCCAAUUGUUACAUACAUUAGUCCACACUUGGAUUUUAUGUCUGUUCCUAAUUAUUUAUUAGGAAUUUCAUAUCUAGUCUUUUUGUUGUAUGCCAAUUCCUGUAUAUAUCAUGAGAUUACAAGAGAAGCAUCAUGCUUAGCCCUCAUGGUGAAUAUCUUACUCUUAGUCUCAUCUCUUUCACUCAGUGGAACAGAUACAGUUCAAGAGCAGAGCACUGUCAUAGCUCACUGGCUCAAUGUUUGGAAAUAUUCUUUGUUUUUUUUAAUCGUUAAAAAUAGCAUUGGGGCCAUUCAAAUUUUAAAAAACAAAACAUUCCCAAUUUUACAAACCCCACUCCAGAAUAUCCCCCACUGCAGAUAUCCCCCCACCCCACUCCAGAAUAUCCCCUGUGUAUUUUCAAAUUGGUUUCAAACUCUCCUCUCUCUAUCUCUCUCCCCC